AUGGGCAGCGGCGGAGUGAUCCACUGUAGGUGUGCGAAGUGCUUCUGUUACCCAACAAAGCGAAGAAUAAGAAAGAGGCCCCGGAACCUAACCAUCUUAAGUCUCCCUGAAGAUGUGCUCUUUCACAUCCUGAAGUGGCUUCCUGUUGGGGACAUCCUCGCUGUCCGAGCUGUGCACUCCCACCUGAAGUACCUGGUGGACAACCACGCCAGUGUGUGGGCCUCCGCCAGCUUCCAGGAGCUCUGGCCUUCUCCAAAGAACCUGGAGCUGUUUGAAAGGGCUGCUGCAAAGGGAAACUUUGAAGCGGCGGUGAAGCUGGGCAUAGCCUACCUCUACAACGAAGGCUUGUCUGUGUCCGACGAGGCCCGUGCAGAAGUGAACGGGCUGAAAGCCUCGCGCUUCUUUAGCCUCGCCGAGCGCCUGAACGUUGGCACAUCACCCUUCAUCUGGCUCUUCAUCCGCCCACCCUGGUCAGCCUCUGGAAGCUGCUGCAAGGCUGUGGUUCAUGGGAGCCUCCGCGCCGAGUGCCAGCUGCAGAAGGCUCACCGUGCAUCCAUCCUGCACUGUUUGGGCCGGGUGCUAAGCCUCUUUGAGGAUGAAGAGAAGCAGCAGCAGGCUCUCACCUUGUUCACCGAGUCCGCUGACCAGGGCUGCUUGUCCAGUGCAUACCUGCUCUGGGAGCGUGACCAGAGGACAGAGAUGUCUGAUCCCGGGAGGUGUCUCCACAGCUUCCGGAAACUCAGGGACUAUGCUGCCAAAGGCUGCUGGGAAGCACAGCUGUCUUUGGCCAAAGCCUGUGCUAGCAGGAACCAGCUUGGCCUAGAGGAGAAAACUUGCAAUGAAAUCGUCUCCCACCUCUUCCAAGCCUCCCGCGCCGCCAGCAAGCUGCGGGUCUUCUCUGUGCAGAAGGGUCUCAACGACACCAUGAGGUACAUUUUGAUCGACUGGCUGGUAGAGGUGGCCACCAUGAAGGACUUCACGAGCCUGUGCCUUCAUCUGACUGUGGAGUGUGUGGACCGUUACCUGCAGCGGAGGCCCGUGGCCCGGCACCAGCUACAGCUUCUGGGCAUCGCCUGCAUGGUCAUCUGCACCCGGUUCAUCAGUAAGGAGAUCCUGACAAUCCGGGAGGCCGUGUGGCUCACCGACAACACGUAUAAAUAUGAAGACCUGGUGAGGAUGAUGGGAGAGAUCGUCUCUGCUCUGGAGGGGAAGAUUCGCACCCCCACCGUGGUGGACUACAAAGAGGUCCUACUAGUGCUGGACCCUGUGCCAGGAAAGACCCAGCACUUGUGCGGCCUCCUCUGUGAACUGUCGCUGCUUCACACCAGCCUGUCGGCCUUCGCCCCUGCCCACCUGGCGGCCGCCGCCCUGCUCCUGGCCAGGCUGAUGCAUGGACAGACACAGGCCUGGACGCGUCGGCUCUGGGACCUCACUGGAUUCUCCCAUGAAGACCUUGUACCCUGUGUCUUGAGCCUUCAUAAAAAGUGCUUCCAUGAUGAUGCCCCCAAGGACUAUAGGCAAGUUUCUCUGACUGCAGUGAAGCAGCGAUUUGAGGACAAGCGCUAUGAGGGGAUCAGCCAGGAGCAGGUGAUCAGCUACGGCCAGUUGUGCACAUUGUUGGGCGUGAAACAAGAGAACCCGGAACCAGCGUCCUUUCUCAGUUCUGGCGAAAUCCACACCUUCCUCAGCUCUCCCUCUGGAAAGAGGACCAAGCGGAAGAGGGAAAACAGCUUACAGGAGGGCCGCGGCAGCUUCGUGACCACCCCCACAGCCGAGCUCUCCAGCCAGGAGGAGGAGACGUUGCUGGGCAGCUUCCUAGACUGGAGCCUGGACUGCUGCUCUGGCUACGAAGGCGACCAGGAGAGCGAGGGCGAGAAGGAGGGUGACGUGACGGCCCCCAGCGGUAUCCUCGACGUCACCGUGGUCUACCUGAACCCAGAGCAGCACUGCUGCCGGGAGUCAAGUGACGAGGAGGCCUGCCCGGAGGAGGAGGAGGACGUCCUGCAGGGCCUGCCUGCCACAGCGCCAAAUCCCCAGACCCCACCAAUCCCAGGGCCGGAGCUUCGUCCCUGCGGCAGGCGGGGGCCAGGCAAGGACAGCACGACCUCAGGGUACUCCUCUGUCAGCCCCAGCCCCACCAGCUGCAGUCUCCUGCGACCUACCUCAGAGCCACUGCCAGGCAGUGACUGGAACCCACACCCCUGCGGUUGUACCACCAGGAAGUCAUGUUUACAGCCCUGCUCCGUGGCAUCCCCGGAGAGCGGCGGGCCCCGGCGACAGGCCAAACGCAAGCACAUGGCGGAGCACAGUGGCGGGGACGUGACCUUGGGCUUCCCGAUGCUGUGA